GAAAAAAAAAAAGAGCAGCUUGGCUGCCCACGCAGCACAAAAAAAUAUCCUCCUACCGAGUAAACGAACUACCGUCCGCAUCUCCACACACCUUUUCUGCGACCCCGCCCACGGUUGAGUAAAAGUACUUGUACCGUUAUCGUUCAUUCAUUUGCCCAGAAGCAAUGCACAAAUGCACAUACGACGGGUGUUCCCGCAGCUUCAAACGGCCGGAACAUUUGUCUAGGCACAGACUGAACCAUCAACCUCGUACAAUCCACGAAUGCAGCAUCUGUCACAAAGACUUUGUGCGCCUGGAUCUUCUCCAACGCCAUCUCCGCCGACAUGAUCGGGGUAUGGUCAAGUAUAGGAACUCGGGUGGCUAUUCCACUAGGGUCGAGCUCCCGCUUCGCCAUGCCGACGUCCAAAAAUCAGAAGAGCCAGGAUCCGGGCCAGCGUCGGAGUACAAGCCGGAGCAAAAACAGCUACCCUCUAGGGCAAAGUCCGAAUACUCUCAUCACGUUUCCGAAUCCCCCCUGAGUUCCAUGAGCCAAGAUGUUCUCGAUCCCGUCCUCAUCCAGGCAGCUCAGUUGGCCAGCCAAGAAAACGGAUACCUCGCGCCGGGGAACACGUCCGAGCCGAUGCAGCAGCUUACCUUUUUUCACGGGCCCAGUGAUGGGACUUGGUUUACUCAAGAUCUGGAUUGGCUGUUUGGUGCAAGUCCAGAAGAGGUGCCGUCAAGGUUUGGCGAUUUUCAACCCAUCAGUCACAGCUCUCCGCUGGAGAGUUUCCCGGGAUCAUUCGUCCCUCCGCCUUGUCAUAAUCAGGAUAGCGACUUUAUCGAUCCCGUAUCGCGACAACGGGUGAUGGAGGCGCUCUCGUCUCUACCUUCGGAGCUGUUGACUUCGAGUUUUUUUGACGCAGCCAACUUGCAGAUGUUUAUGCAAAAGUAUUGGCUCGAGUACAAUCCACAUUUUCAAAUGCUACAUCGUCCAAGUUUUGUUGUGGCCGAUGUUCCACCGUUGUUGUUAGUCUCGCUCUUGACGCUCGGUGCGACCUUGUCUCCCGACGAUUCACACUAUGCUGUGGCCGAGAAGAUUCAUCAGAACCUCCGAUGGUUGAUAUUUACGCUUAUGCGGCGCGGGAGCUGUUAUAGUGCAGGACAGACUACUAGCGGCGACCUCUCGAACCUGGAAAAUACGUGGCAUCGGUGGAUUGAGCAAGAGCUGACCCACCGGGCUGCCUACUUUGCCUUUGUCAUGGAUGCUCAGCAUUCCUCCAUAUUUGGACAUGCUGCGGUGCUAUCUUUGACCGAUAUUCGACUGCCAUUACCAUGUUCAGAAGCGGUGUGGGAUGCGCCCACCGCGUCUGCAUGGAAUCGAGAACGCUCUCGACAGCCUUCUUCCACGCCUUUUUUUCUCCCCGCACUUCGUGCUCUACUUUGUCGCCAACCGUUGCCCCAUACCUACAGCACUUUUGCGCGCUUCGUGCUGCUGCAUGGGCUGUUCAGUCUCACUCGCCACAUGACCAUAAGAGACCAGACAGCCUCAUUUAUUGGAGGAAACAGCUUUAGUCGCCAUGCAGACCCGGAGGUCAACAUCACUAGUGCUUCGGCAUCUCCGCACCCAGAGGAUGACGAUGACUGGCGUGAGCGAGUUGCCCGUGCCGUUGACACCUGGUCACUGAGCCUCUUUUCCAGAUCUCCGUCGCUUUGCCUCGAGGCCGCCAAACCGUUACAGCAUAUUGCACAUAUCAACAUCCACACAAACCUGAUUGACUUUCACAUUUUAGCAGGGGCACCCAACCUUGCCACAGGAGUUCGUGCUCACCCAGCAAGUAUGAGUGGCGACAGCCAAUAUGCAAGAGCGUGUGAAAGAGUCCAAGCCUGGACCAGGGACCUAACCAAUGCCAAGCAAACGUUGAUUCACUGUCUCACGCUGAUCCAGGAGACCAUGUUCACUCGGGCUCAGUAUCUGGCCUGCGAGGACAACAUCCUGCUACGGCCCUGGGUUUUAUACCAUAGCACUCUCGUGGUUUGGGCCUAUGGAGUUCUUACUGAGGGGAUACAGCUGGGAGGAGUCUGCAGUGCCGAGGAUUAUCUUUCGCAUAUGCUCAAUCACCUCCUGGGGAAUGGCGAUAUUUCACAGCUGCGGGGGACCAAUCAGACCUCGGGUCUUGUUGCAUCAGUCAGCGCCGCACUUGACAACUGCAGGUGGGAGCUCUUGCAGGAGGCCAAGGAGACGCUCGACUCCCUCGGCCCACAGUCCAGGCUUUUACUAUCCGUCAGAGGGUCCACGGCCUUUUCUGAAGUGACACGUGAAAGAACAGUUGGCAUGCCGGAGCAAUGGUGUGGAGAGGCAAAACCGCAGCUCCCCCUUCAAUGA